AUGGCACUGCGCCGCGUCAUCAUAGAUAGUGAUGACGACCUCGACGACUUUCCGUCCUUACGAUCAAUAUUGCGAAAUUCGACAGUUCCUUCAAAUGCUCCUUCACAGACAGCGCAACCAGCAAAGUGGCAAGCAAAAAGAAUUAUCACGACGACCAAACCAUAUAAGGUCGAGAUAGGGUCUUCUACGUCAGCCCCCAAUACAACAAUACGGCGGAGAAAGUUGGGCCGCAUCAACGAUGACGCUUCCCUCCUUCGCCUACAGGGAACCUCGAACAACAACACUCUCAAAGGAGAACUGAAUAGUCCCAAGCUAGAAAUGAUUAAUCUACCUCAGAGCUCUUCCCCGGGAUUAUCUCGAUCAAAGCCACGGAUUGAGCUAAGGGCAAGAAAAACAAGAAGGAUGUCCGAGAUAUCAGCGGAUGACAAGGGCGAGCUCUCCACAGAAGACGCGACAGUAUUGCAAGACGUUUCUCUUGACGAAUACUUCGGCGAAUAUGGUGCGGAAAAGGCCCGAGCGGGUGCUGCAAUCAACGCUGAUCGCAACGGUGAACAUGGCGACGAGCCUACGGGUGAUCAAAACGUCAAUGAAGACAGCGAUGGCUAUAGUAAUCACAAAGGGCAACAUUGCCGCCUGGGCGAAGGGCAGAAAGACGAUAGCCAAGGAGAGGCUGAGCCGACCGACCGCGGGCAGGAUACGGACAGCGACAGCGAGACUUCGGAGUUCCGGGACUCAUCUUGGAGUAGCGAUUCAUCGUCCGGCUCUCUGGGUGACUUUUUCCCGAUUGCACGUACAAAGCGGCUUGCAAACACAAAACUACAGAUGCCCGAAGAACAUAAAAAAAGAGCGUAUCCCACUCCUCAGUCCCAAACGACGGCGGACACCUACACGGAUGACGGAAGCACCAUUUUUUUUUCAGCCGAGGAGUCGUUUUCGAAUGUUGGGCCAGAUCUUAAUGCGUCCAAGACCAGCUUGUACCCAUUCAAAACCGACACAGCGCCCCGGAAGCUUCCAACAGGGUCUGUAUUACGGCCUACCACAGAUGAGCGGCCCAAGACGCCUCCGCUUGGCCACCCCAAAAAUUCUAAAGUCGAGCGCCUCCAGUCGCCCUCAAAAAAGCUACCGCGCAUACCACAGACUCCACACCAGCCAAACACCGACGACUUUUGGAAUCAAACUGUCACUGAUAAGUGGAAUAUGGAGCACUCUCCACGGAAGCUUCUCUUUGACCCGGACCAGACCAAGAUGAAUAACCAGGCCCCCAACGGAACCAGAAACGCGGGGCCAUCUACGCAUUUCUUUCCCUUUUCGAAAAGGGGCGCAACUGCAACCAAACGGGGAAAAGAUGCAAAAAAAUUGUUUCAAAAGAACAAGCAUGGCAUGGCAGAAAAGUUCUUUGCAGAGCUUGAUAAUGUUAUCACGGGCGGCCAACUGAAUCAACUAGCGGCUUCAACAGGUGGUGUCCAGAUCGAAUGGACCAAUAAACUCAACACAACUGCGGGGCGGGCGAACUGGCGGAGAGAAACGCUUCGACCAAAGGUAGCCCCGGUUGUUGACAUUGAGGAUGGUUCGACGACAAGCGUUGUCAGUACGGACAUCGCAACAUGCGUGAAGCACCAUGUGUCCAUCGAGCUAGCCGAGAAAGUCAUCGACGAUGAGCGCCGUCUUUAUAAUGUCAUCGCACAUGAGUUUUGUCACCUGGCUAACUUCAUGAUCAGUGGGAUUACUGGGAAUCCACAUGGCAAAGAAUUCAAGCUGUGGGCAGAGAAAUGCUCGCGACAUUUUGGUGACCGUGGCAUACAAAUCACCACGAAGCAUACCUAUGAAAUUGACUUCAAAUAUGCUUGGACAUGCGAAGAGUGCUCUACGGAGUUCAAACGCCACUCCAAGAGUAUCCAUCCGGAACGUCACCGGUGCGGAGCCUGCAAAGGAGUCUUGAAACAAACGAAGCCUGUUCCACGGCGCACUGGGAUGAAAGACGAGUCUAGGGUGGGCGCGGAUGGAAACGUGUUGAUUAGAGGCCCGUCCGAGUAUCAACAGUUCAUGAAGGAGCAUAUGGCCAUUGUCCGGCGUGAACACCCCAACAGUCCUCAGAAAGUCAUCAUGACACUUGUUGCAGACAAAUGGAGCAAGGCAAAAGCUCAUAAAGUAGCUUCUCACAGCCGACCAACAGCCGAUGCUCCUGACAAUGAAGCAGUUGCAGGUGUGGAUGUUGCAGGUGUGGAUGGAACUGAGGCACAUGUGGACCACUUGGGCAGGGCCUUGGUUGAUCUCACGCUGAGGUAA